UAUGUCUCAUUUUCGACCUAUUAAGGGAUGUGUUCGUUGCGGCCAACCGAAUCCAUCGUUUGUUCUAGCACAAAUACCGGUUAGAUUCGUGCCAAAUAUCGACGAAUCGGAACUCUUCAAGAGAGGAAUAGAAGAGAGAAGAGAAGUAGGAGAUUCGGCUUUAAGGAGUCGAAGAAUAGAUCAUUGGCUAAAUAGUUCGGCCAAUCGAGAAAAAAAUCCUACAAAUUUACCUAGUCCGUUCGAGUCGUCGAAUGAAGGAGAAACUAAUUUACCUAAACCGAACGUUCCCAUUCAGAGUAGACGAUACGGAAGUAGUUCAAUUAAUUUUACGUCCAAGUCUUUACCUAGCAUUUACGAAAAGGACUCUUCUCAUUUCGAAUCGAAUCAACAUCGUACAUUCGAUUCAUCCGAAAAUCGAAAUUUGGAAAGAACCCAUUACCCAACACCAACGUCUAAUAUGAAAUGUCACGAAGAGUUAGAUGCCCUACAACCCCGAAAAGAUUUUAUACCGCGAAGUUAUACGAGGAAAAAGGAUAAGGAAGUUCGAUUUUGGCAGUUGUACAAGACCCUUCCAAUAGAAGGAGUGGAAGGAGGUAUAGGCGGAUCGAAACCUUAUACUUUCGCUCGAACAGAUACAUUUACAAAAUCACUCAAACAAUCCGAAACUGUUCAGAAUAUGCUUAGAAACUCUGGACCUAUUGCCCGACCCCAUUCGCCUUCCUACGCUUUAGCCACAAUGCAAAAAUCUAGAUACGGAGAUUUGGCUCUAAGAGGUCAAAAACUUGCCCGGAUCAAAGAGGUUGAUAGACAAAGAAUGAGAACUUAUGACCUUCAAAACGACUUACGAAAAGCUUUAAACGAAUAG